AAAAAUAUCUGCUUUCCUAUACUCUCGCGAUGACUUCGGUAUUCGCGGCGGCCACCUCGCCGGUCUUCACAGCCGGUGUCUCCUCAGCUGCCGACGUUGUGGGAUUUGGGGGCAUACGGUCGGCUCCCGGGUUUCUGGGCUUGUCGUCGAAGUUCGCAUCGGGUUUUGGGAGAUCUCAUGUUCUCUCCUUGCGGAACUUGAAGAUUCCCGUAGGUUUCGUGACGAAUGGGAGGCGUACUCCCGGCGUAGCUUUCGCCACCGCUGCUACGGAGAAGAGUAUUCACAAUUUCACCGUCAAGGAUAUUGAUGGCAAUGAUGUUUCCCUUAACAAAUUUAAAGGAAAAAUCCUAUUGAUUGUUAAUGUUGCUUCAAAAUGCGGGUUAACAACAUCAAAUUACACAGAACUCUCCCACCUUUACGAAAAAUAUAAAAAUCAAGGCUUUGAGAUUUUGGCAUUUCCUUGCAACCAAUUUGGAGGUCAAGAGCCUGGAUCAAAUCCAGAUAUAAAGCGAUUUGCUUGUACAAAAUUUAAAGCAGAAUUCCCCAUCUUUGAUAAGGUUGAUGUAAAUGGACCAAACACCGCUCCAGUGUAUCAGUUUCUCAAGGCAAGUGCUGGAGGAUUUCUUGGAGACCUUAUCAAGUGGAACUUCGAAAAGUUUUUGAUAGACAAGAAUGGUAAAGUUAUUGAGAGGUACCCGCCUACCACUUCACCAUUCCAGAUCGAGAAAGAUAUAAAGAAGCUCCUUGCAGCAUGAGAAGAAGUCAGUCUCGAGAGCUCAGUUGUGUGUAAAUAGCAGCAGAUUUUCCUUUGUUUGUCAUCCCUGUUUGCCUUCCUGACAUUCUGCUACACUGCUGUUAUUUAACAUGAAAAAUUUUGCGUUUCCUAUCAUGUAAAAUUUGUAACUUCAUAAUUAGCCAUUUUAUUCUUAUGGUUUGUUAGAUAAAAUUUUCGUUCAGCUUA